AUGUCCCCUGCUGGCGGGACAGGCACAUCGUCUACUCCGCCACGCGCAAAUGCACAAGCUCAUGGCCCUAGCCAACUGAAAUCCACCCCAAACAGCCGUGGGGCUUCCGUCGUCAGCGAGAACAUUGACCUGGUCGGCGUGAAGGUUAAGAAAAUCCGCCCAUGGAUUCAGCGGGACAUUGAGCAGACUAAGGAGUGCAAUGUAGAUGCUAUGCUGCAAGCCCUGCUGCAGCGCAGUUCUUGCGCCCCUCACACUAUACAGCCUGAGCUCCUGCAGAAAUGCCUCCAGGCAGUUCUGCCGGUUUGCAACGGACAAGUCUCUACUGCACUGGCAAAUUCUUCGGACAUCGCGACAGCCCUUCACGAAUACGUACUUCCAGGACUCGAAAACAAAUACUACAGCCCCUUUAUAAAAGCUACUAACAUCGCGCUCGCUUGUCUUGAAGAGACCAAAGUUGAUGGAAUGUGUGCUCCUGUCCCCACUGUGGACAUGAUCUGUCAGCAGAACGAUAUGCCCAUGCAUCAAACCCACCAGACGGUGACAUCAACGAGGAAGCCCGACCUCGUGAUUCUUCCUUUUGACAGCGCAUGCGCUCCCUUUGAGACAAAGAACCAGGACACCGAGAAGGACACCGAGAAGCGCGACGAGAAGCGCAAGGCUCACAUGGAUAAGAAUGCAAUGGCAUCGCCGAAAAACCUCCGCUGGAAAGAUAUUCUAGCUUGCAUCGAGUUCAAGAGAAAGAAGAAAUUGGGCUCAGCGCCGCCGCCCCCUUCCUAUAAAGUGAAAGGCUACGUCCCUACCAAGCCAGAAUAUCUGCCGGUGCAUCAUCUUCAGGUUGAAGACCUGGCGCCAGGCCCUUCGAAAACCCCGUCAACACAGCCUGCAUCCCAUACAGCACUUCCAUCUUCCGGUCCUACUACUGCCCAGUCUUCCAAGGGCGGGAGCUCCAAGCGCCUGGCCCAUGACACUUUGGAAUCUGCCACAACGAAGAAAAAAAAGACCGACGAACUGGACGCCGAUCCAGAUGUGACCGUCCAGAUGGGUCUCUAUGCCGCCGAAAUGUUUGCGGCCAAUCUUGGAGUCAAUCAUCUGCUGAAUCUUGUCGUCAUUGACGAUACAAUUUGGAUCUGGUAUUAUGAUCGGCAAGGAAUCAUUCAAAGCUCAGGCAUCAACUUCCUUCAAGAUCUCCCGCGAUUCAUGGUGUUGUUGUAUGCUCUACAACGAUUCAAGCUUGAGGAUUGGGGCCGCAACGAGGCCUUCCUCCCAGAUGAAAAUGAGGGGGUACAAUGCCACAAAUUCGAAAUCGAGGAUGAAAAUCUUGGAACAGUGGAUCUGCUGCUUCAUACUGGCCACGCAGAACGAGUGACGCACUACGGACUACAAGGACGCGCCACCAAUGUGGUUCCUGUCACUAGCAAAACGCUCGCCAAGAAAUAUGCGCACAUCCCGAAAGAUGACAUGGUAGCCAAGAUCUUUUGGGGAGAGGCGAGUCGCACUAGCGAGCCGGAGAUUUUGAAAAAGGUCGAGGAGAUCGCUAAGGUGCAUGCUAGCGUAAAAGACCAUAUUCCUGAGCUUCUCUGGCACCACACGUUCACGAAUCCGACAUCCACUAUCCGAGAAGCGCUCGGCGUGCCAGAACCCAUAAAGGGCAGUCGCGUGCUCUACAUUCUCGUAUUCCGCAAGUUUAAGCCCAUUACGAAGCUACGUGGGAUAGAGUUUUUCAAUGUAUGGCGCCAGUGUAUCCUGUGCCAUGUUACUCUGUGGAAGGAAGGGGUGUAUCACCGAGAUGUGAGCCCUGGAAAUAUGAUGUGGUACAGGAAAGACGGAAAGCUCAUAGGCGUCUUAAACGACUACGAUCUAUCCUCGUUGGCGGAUGACGCAGGUCCUCGGGGCAACGAACGCACAGGCACGGUGCCGUUCAUGGCGCUCGAACUUCUCAAGGAACAGGGUCAACGUGGCGAAGUCAAACAUUUGUAUCGCCACGAUCUGGAGUCAUUUAUGUGGGUUUUUAUCUGGAUUUGCGUGCGUUAUAGGGAUGGAGUGCUUCCUCCAAGGGGAUCGUGCCAUUUGGAUCAUUGGGCGACUUUGAACGCUGUGGCAUGUGGCGUGCAGAAGCUCUAUUUCUUAAGCAAUCUGGCAGAUUACUACCCCUCAGGCAUCAAUGAGCAUGUGGGCCGUUUCCUUGUGCAUUGUGUCAAGAUGCUUCGACAAAUUGCCGAGCGUCAAUCGUCUCGCUUGGAAGAGCAAAUACUGAACCAAGGAGCAACCGAGCAGUCCAACGACGAGGAGGUGGAUAAUAUUGAUGAUUUUCUGCAGAUGUUUACAACCAUGCCAAGCUGGGUUGAGCUCACUGAGCUCAGCAACCAUUCACAGUAA